AUGAUUCAUUUCUACACUACGAUUCUAUGUUGUCUCUCUGGUUUCUCGUACUUCUCCAAGCAAGAUCUCCUGCAGUUGGUGAAUAUCGGCCGAGGGUGGCGUGACAUGUUGCGACAACUAUUGCAAUCAACACUUCCUAGUCGAAUAAGUUUGCGAUGGAAUUGUCCAUGGCACCGUAACAACUUCCGUCCAUGCUUUUUCCCGUUCAAGUUGCAAGAGAAACUCAAUAAGGACACUGUCGAAGCUCGUACAAAAACGAGAGGAGGGCGUUUGAUGCUGAUGCGACGAGUGCUGAGGGAGCAACCUUUCCUCGGAUACGUAACUAGGCCGGCAAAACCCACCAAGCUCUCUUUCCCAUUGUAA